UCUUGAAGUAGCGCCGCUGGCCUGGUCACAAUCAGUAACAAUUCGCCCGCGAAAACGGUUAAAACGUUGAAGCGCGAGAAUUUCGAUAGCGCCACGCGAGAAAAACUCGAAGAAGUGGAAGCAAAAAGGCAACAACAAUACAAACAACAGCUAAAAAUUAUUUUACGUGCGCAUGCGCCUCACACUUUAUCUUCGUAAUUCGCCGUCACCGACUGUCUCUCCGUUUUUUGUCUCUCGCGCACUUCCCACUUAUCUUUGUUGUUGAUUGAUUUCGACUCCAAACAUCAGUUCGCUUGUACGUACGUGUAUAUUGGCAUGUGUGUAUGUGUGUGCAUGCGAAAUACGUAAAGAAAACAGAAACAAAAUCAAAUAAAAUUGAAUACAAUUUAAAGAGCAGUAGAAAUAAGUGCAUAGAAACAACGGCAAUAACAAGGGCAUUAAUACUUUUGCCAACAAAAAAACCAGCGACCAAUACAAAACAAACACACCAACAGUAACACACACAGACGCACACACACACACACACACACAUAUACAUAUUAACGGAUUGUUUAUUAAAGCGCCAUGUCCACAUCUACCACGCCUAAAACGCCUACGCCGCCCACGCUGCCGCCGGGCGUGACCAAAACAUGCCACAUAGUCAAGCGACCCGAUUUCGAUGGCUACGGCUUCAAUCUGCACUCGGAGAAGGUAAAGCCGGGUCAGUUUAUUGGCAAGGUGGACGCCAACUCGCCGGCUGAGGCAGCCGGCUUGAAGGAGGGCGAUCGCAUACUGGAGGUCAACGGUGUUUCCAUUGGCAGUGAGACACACAAACAGGUGGUGGCCCGCAUCAAGGCCAUUGCCAACGAGGUGCGUUUGCUGCUGAUCGAUGUGGAUGGCAAGGCCAUUGAGAUGCCGUCAAAGUCGCCAGCAUCGCCCGUGACCAAUGGCAACGGCUGCAGCAGCAGUCCGCCCAGCUAUGAGGGCACCAAGCAGGAGAUACCCGGCGCCAGCGCCAACAUCAGCAGCAUCAGCGUGACCAGCACGAAGCGCAUCUCGAAUGCGAGCAGCAUUCAAAGUGGCAGCACAAUGAAUGCCAGCGACAUGGAUGUGGUGGACAGGGGCAUGCCCGUGGCGCCAGCGACAGUGCCACUUGCAGCGCCAAUCUCAGCUCAAAAUGGCAACAAAUCGCCGAGCAGCAACAACAAUAACAUUAACAGCAGCAGCCACAACAACAACAACAACAAUAACAACAACAGCAGCAACAAAAUGAUGAGCACACCGCCGCCGCCAUCGUCCGCCGUGGCCAGCUUGAAUAACAAUGGCAGCGUCUACAGCAGCAACAGCAGCGCUGCCAAUGGCAACAGCAGCGUUCUUGGCAAUGGCAGUGCCACGCCCACAGUGCCAGCGCCCAAUGGGGGCAUGAAUCGGGCGGGCAGCUUGAAUUUGCCGCUAACCGUUGCCGAAAUGCGUGCCAAAUUGGCAUCGAAGAAGAAGUACGAUCCGAAGAACGAGAGCGUUGAUCUAAAAAAGAAAUUUGAAAUUAUACAAAAACUCUGAGAUCCCACUCCGCACAGCCCAAGGCCCAUCCCCCCGUAUCAUGCACAACAUUCUUAAAAACGUACUUGUUAUUAUGUGACACGAAGCGCACAAAGGAGACGAUAAACUAUUAUAUAAUGGCUGGCAGAUCCAUAUUAUAUAUACAUUUACAUAUAUAUAGACAUAUUUUGUCCAAACACGGAGUUUUUGCGAUAUGUUUUCUUUAGCUACGGCAGGCAUAAAUACUUUAUAAUACUUAAUAAACUACCUAAUUAAUUAGUACGCAAGAGUCACUUAUGAAUUAAGCAAGUUUUAAAUUAAUUAUUCUAGCCUAAGCUAAAGCCCUCCCACACCCGCCCUCUCCCUCAUCCUGCAACUAGACAAAAUUUGAACCCAGAAAAUAGCGUAUCGAAACGUAUUGAAACCCAAAAAAAACUGUUUGAACUUGUGUCUAGUUAAAAAAAAGAAAAGACAAUCCCCACGAAAACAUUUCAUAAGAAAAGGAAAUGUGUUGAAAAUCAAACAUUUCUUUUUUUGCACAUUUUUGUUUUUUGAUAAUUAUACUAUAUACUAAGUUUUUGCUUUGCAUUUGCGGCUAGUUCACUGAAAUCUUUCGUUAAAUUUUUA